UCCGCUCUACCAAGCCGGUGGGCCGCGAGGGCUGGGGAGCCUCUCUCUCUCUCUUCGCGUGGCGGCGGCGGAGGAGGGGAAGUGAGGCAGCCGAGGAGGAAGCGUGGGAAGCCCGGGGGAGACUCGAGGCGAGGGCUGCAGCAUGGCCUCGCUGCUGGCCGAGCCGGUGCCCAGCCCCAGCCGGGAAGGAGGCGGCCUGAGCAGCCGCCGGCAGGAGAAGAGCCUGGGGCUCCUCACCGCCAAGUUCGUCUCGCUCCUUCAGGAGGCCAAGGACGGCGUGCUCGACCUGAAAGCGGCAGCUGAUACGCUUGCAGUAAGACAGAAGAGGCGGAUCUAUGAUAUCACCAAUGUUUUGGAAGGGAUAGAUCUCAUUGAAAAAAAGUCAAAGAACAGCAUCCAGUGGAAAGGUGUGGGUGCUGGCUGCAAUACAAAAGAGAUUGUGGACAGGUUGAGAUACCUGGAAGCUGAAAUUCAAGAUCUUGAAUUAAAAGAAAAAGAGUUAGAUCAGCAGAAAAUAUGGUUGCAGCAAAGCAUAAAAAAUGUGAAGGAAGAUUCUGAUAAUAAACACUUUUCAUACAUCACCCAUGAAGACAUCUGUGAUUGCUUCAAUGGGGAUACACUACUAGCAAUCCAGGCACCUUCUGGCACACAGUUGGAAGUUCCUGUACCUCAGGUGGGACAAAAGAAAUACCAGAUCAAUCUCAAGAGUAAUUCAGGGCCUAUUCAUGUGCUGCUCAUAAAUAAAGAGUCCAGUUCUUCCAAGCCAGUGGUUUUUCCUGUCCCUCCACCAGAUGACCUUCUACAUCUUCCUUCUCAAUCUACAAUUCCCUUGACUCCUUCUAAAAUGGAUGCAGAGCCUCAGACGUUACAAGAAUCUGGAACUCCUAAUCAGGAGUUAUCUUUGUCCCAGACACCAGUUGCAGAUAUGGCAACAACAGACAUCAGUUUACAAGACAUCCCAACCCCUGAGACGUUCUGUGCCAGCGUUCCCAGUUCUGAGCUGUACGAGAGCCUUGUAACAGAAACUGUGACGAGCCCAAAUACUUGUCAGUCGUUCAUUCCGCUAGAUGUUAAUAGUAUUCUCAAACCCAACCCAUUUGACAUAACAAAGAUGGAUGAGUCUGGAGGCAUGAUUAACAGUGACAUUAUUGAUGAACUGAUGUCCUCUGAUAUUUUUCCUCUCUUAAGACUCUCUCCUACUCCUGAAGAUGACUACAGCUUCAACCUGGAUGACAAUGAAGGCAUUUGUGAUCUCUUUGAUGUGCAGAUACUGAACUAUUAGAUAUGAAACAGCCGGAUUGCCUCAUCUACCUCUAACUACAAUAUUUUAGACUUUCUUUCAUAACACAAGUAUUGAAAAUAAUGAAUGUAAAACUUCUGUAAUUCAACACUGGGUACACAUCUUCUUACUGUGAUGAAC